ACUGGACUGGAGUGGAGUGGAGUGGACUGGAGUGGAGUGGAGUGGAGUGGAUACGCCCACGGCUCAGCCUCCAACCUCAAACACACGGUGGCACUCGCCAGAGGACGGAGACAUGGCGGCGACCGGCUGCGUCCAUCCAGGGUCCAGCGUGAAAGGACAUGUGAGCGUCUGGCCGGCCCCGCUCAUCUGACAGGAAGAGCCAAAGGACAACUUGCCAAAGGAGCAGCCGCAGACAAACGCCAACAGCGGCUCUGGCAGCGAGCGCACGGAUUCGGAGGGAGUAAAACCACAACUGGACAGGGGCCAAACUUGCAUGGGGGCCAAAUCCCCGUCCAAGACUCAGCACGUCUUCUCCAUCUAGCGACUCCGUCCCCUCCCUCAUCCCUCAUUCACCCUCUUUCACUCUCAUGGGAGUGACAUAGACGCCGGCGCUCUGUCCGCCCCGGGUAGGGAUGUCGUGGAAGAGGAACUACUUUGCGUCCGGCGGGGUGCAGGGGCUGGCGACCCCGAGAACUAUGACCUCCAUCGCGCCCAGCAAGGGUCUGAGCAACGAGCCGGGACAGAACAGCUGCUUCCUGAACAGCGCUCUGCAGGUUUUGUGGCACCUGGACAUCUUCCGCAGAAGCUUCCGGCAGCUGACCACGCACAAGUGCAUGGAGGACUCGUGCAUCUUCUGCGCACUGAAGAGCAUCUUCGCCCAGUUCCAGUUCAGCAGCGAGCGCGUGCUGCCGUCGGACGCGCUGCGCAGCGCCCUGGCCAAGACCUUCCAGGACGAGCAGCGUUUCCAGCUCGGCAUCAUGGACGACGCCGCCGAGUGCUUUGAAAACCUUCUGAUGCGCAUCCACUUCCACAUCAGCGCUGAGAGCCGAGAGGACAUCUGCACGGCCAAACACUGCAUCCCACACCAGAAGUUUGCCAUGACUCUGUUUGAACAGUGUGUUUGCAACAGCUGCGGAGCCACGUCGGACCCGCUGCCCUUUAUUCAGAUGGUGCACUACAUCUCCACCACGUCCCUGUGUAACCAGGCAGUGAGGAUGCUAGAGGUCAGAGAAAAGGCUACGCCGGACAUGUUUGGGGAACUUCUGCGCAACGCCAGCAACAUGGGAGACCUCCGCAACUGUCCUAGCAACUGUGGCGAGGUGUUGCGUAUCCGCCGCGUGCUGAUGAACUCGCCGGAGAUCGUCUCCAUCGGGCUGGUGUGGGACUCCGACCACUCCGACCUGGCCGAGGACGUCAUCCACAGCCUGGGGACCUGCCUGCGCCUGGGCGACUUGUUCUACCGUGUGACAGAGGAGCGAGCUCGCCAGGCAGAGCUCUACUUGGUGGGCAUGGUGUGCUACUACGGCAAGCACUACUCCACCUUCUUCUUCCAGACCAAGAUACGCAAAUGGAUGUACUUCGACGAUGCCCAAGUCAAAGAGAUCGGCCCUAGAUGGAAGGACGUGGUGUCCCGCUGUAUCAAAGGCCAUUAUCAGCCCCUGCUGCUGCUCUACGCUGACCCCCGUGGGACGCCGGUGAUACUGCAGGAGAGCUCCAACCCCUGCACCGACUCCAACCCGCAGCUGGAGGUCCAGAACUGCAGCGGCAGCAGCAAGGCGGGCUACGACAGCGAGGACUCCGGUCGGGAGCCGUCCAUUUCCAGCGAUACCCGGACGGACUCGUCGACGGACAGCUCGAGUCACCACGCCUCACGCAGUCGACCUCUGCACCAAUCCACGGGCAGCCACCUGUUUAGUGACUCUCAGACCACCGUGGUCUGCAACUACCAGCUUGGCACGCCGUCCCACGGUGCAGACGCCGGAGAGUCAGCAGUGGAGGGUCCAGCCGGGCCUCCCUCCCCUCCCCUGCAGGAGUACAAGGAGACGGCGGUCUUCCUGCUGUCGUCCCGCCGCCCGCUCACCUCCUCCUCGUCUUCCUCUCGCCCUCUGUCCUCCUCCUCGUCGUCAGGGGUGGGGGGCUGCGAGGGCGGGGUGGGGGGCCGCCACUGGGAGGAUGAGAGCACCAGCAGUGAGAGCAAGUCCAGUUCCUCCGGAGGCUGCUACCGGCCCACCUGGAGGCCCCGCAGAGAAGCCCUGAACAUCGACAGCAUCUUCUCCACCCAGAGGAUCUGCUCUCAGGGCUACCACACCCUGCCGGGCCCCACUCUCCCUCCGCCCCCCCAGCCGCCCUUACCGCCUUUGCGGCCCACCACGCCCACGGCCACGCCGCGAGGCUCCCAGCAGGCUGCGGCGCUGGAGGCGAGAAUCGGGCUGGCGGGUCCGCCCAGGUCGUCGGGCGGUCGCGGCCGACCCACCACGGGCCCGCCCGCCCCUCCGCCUCUGAGGGGGGUGGAGCACCAACCCCGCCUGAUCCAGAGGAUGGAGAGCGGCUACGAGAGCAGCGAGAGGAACAGCAGCAGCCCUGACAGGGAGGUGGGCCAACACAAGCGGGCGCUGAUGUCCGGACCCUCAUGGCGCUCGGUGCCCAAGUCUAAGAGCAGCGGUGCUAUCCUGCAGGAGCUGCCCUCACCUGGACGCCGUGGUGCCUCCAACACAGGGCGCAGUGAGCUGGACGAGCUCCAGGAGGAGGUGGCGAGGAGAGCCCGCCAGCAGGAGCAGCAGAAGCGCAAAGAGGCGGAGCGAGAGGCGGCCAUGGGGUUCAACCCCAAACCCAGCAAGUUCAUGGACCUGGAUCAGCUUCAGCACCAGGCCGUGCAUGAGACUAGCGCUCAUAGCGCAUCGGCUGUAGCCGCAUGCAUGAGGAGCGCCACAGGGGCCCCCGCGGUCAAACGCAGGCAGGAACAGGAAACGGAACAGGAGUCAGGAAGCGGCCGCCCACAGGGGCCUCACAGUGAACAGCCUGGCCCGGUCCAAGUACUGCUGACACCCAAUCAGGAGGAGUUCGAGGACCAGGCGUCGGCCAACCAAAACCCGCCCCCUCUGCCCCCUCCGCCCCAGCCCUAUCGCGCCCCCGCCGCUCCUCCCUGCCCUGCCGCGCUCACCCUCAGCAUCCCCCACCCGUGCGCCCCCUCCGGCCGGGGCGGGGUCGGCGACACGGGGGUGCGGCUGUGCGAGCUGCUGCAGGCGGGUGGCGUGAGCGUCAGACCCCUGGGAAAGCACUUGGCCAUCUCGCUACCGUCGCUCCCCUUGCGGUUUUGGGACGCGCCCGUCACGCCACCCCCUCGUCCUCCUCCUCCUCCCCCGCCUCCGGAAGCCCCCGGGCAAAGGAAACCUGCCACCCCUUUCUGGCAGCCGCCCCAGCCGGAUCCCGCCCCGCAGCCUUGGCGGCCCACCGACGGCGCCACCCGCCAUUGGUCGUCCUGGAGUCUGGACCGCCCGGACGCCAUGGUGACGCCCUAUGACACCCCCCCGGACCACUGGGCUCCCAUCCCGCCAAGACAGUGUGCCAGUCGCCCCCCUUCUCGGGGGCACCACGGCGACCCCAGGAGCUGUGAGCACGAGGAGGCGGAGUUGACGGAACUCGACACCCUUUACCAGGCCAGUCUGCAGGCGGGGAGGACAGGCUGCAGCCCGUCGGAGCGGCUCAUAUCCAGGGUGGGCGGCCAGGCCCGCUCCAGAACCCCCAACGCCGACAUGGAGAGGAGCGUGUUCGGGCCGGACGGCGCCAGAAGCCCCACCUACCUCAACAAGCCAAUGGUGUUGCAGGGUCCACGUUUGUGGGCGGGGCCCGACGAGGCGGGCAACCUGAGGCGAAUCGGACGCAGCCUGAGCGGCACGGUGGCGGUGACGCCGCGCCACGGCCGACUGACCGCCACCCGCAGCUUUGCGAAGCAGGCUGACGCCACGGCCUCCCAUUGCUUACUUCCUCUCUCCUGAGUCCCUGUCUCUAACGCACCUCCAUCACUUCCUCCAUCCUCUUCAUCACCAACACUUGUCAUCACCACCUCCCUCCACCGCCUCACAGG